UCAGCUUUUAGACGCGCGGUAGAGAGACGGAGCUCACAUGCUUCCUGCUCUCACGAGACGCAGCCGGUGGCCAAGAUGGCCGUGGACAGUGGUAAGACCGUAGAGCUGGCAGCCCUCGGCCGGCCCUUCAGUCUGGGGAUGCUCUACGACUGUCGCAACGACUCACUGAUCCCCGCUCUGACACUUUGGGACCGGGAAGCCUUGGAGAAAUAUACAGAUGAAAAACCCCAACCCAACAGUGUCUUUGAGAUAGUUGCAUCCGACUCCAUUGAAGACAAAUUUUUUGCAUUGAAUGUUGAAGGUUCCAUGAAAGCCAGUUUUCUGGGUGGACUGGUUGAGAUAGAAGGCUCUGCUAAAUUUCUUUCAAAUUCUAAGAGUUCCAGGAAUCAGGCUAGAGUGACACUAAAAUACUAUACCAGCACCAAGUUCCAUCAGCUGUCAAUGAAUCACAUUGGUGAAGGUAAUAUGAAGUAUUCCGAAGUGUUGAAGUCGGAACAAGCAACACACGUAGUGACAGGAAUCCUUUAUGGGGCACUAGCCUUCUUUGUGUUUGACCGUGAAGUGUCAGAAAAGGAAGAUCGACAAGACAUCGAGGGCAAUCUAAAGGGGCUGAUCAAGAAGAUACCCAAAUUGACGGUAGACAUUCAUGGUAAUCUGAACAUGGCAGACAAGGACAAGGUAAAUGUUGACAAGUUCUCCUGCAAGUUCCAUGGGGACUUUAACCUUGACAAACACCCUGUGUCCUUUGAUGAGGCUAUAAAAGUCUAUAAAAGCCUACCUAACCUAAUCGGUACCAAAGGAGAGAACGCAGUGCCACUGAAGGUCUGGUUAUAUCCACUGAAGAAUCUAGAUUGUGCUGCUGCUAAACUGGUUCGACAGAUAAGUGAUGGAUUAGUCAGGAAUGCUCAGAAUGUCCUGGAGGACUUCAGCGAGCUGGAAAGGAGAUGCAACGAUACAGAAAAAUGCGAAAAAUUUCAGCAAUUUCCACAGAUUAUCAAAAAGGUAAAAGCUUUCAAAGAGCUGGUUUCUCAGUAUAAACUGAAAUUUGAGAGUAACAUGGCGAAGAAUAUCCCAUUGAUCCGAGGAGGAAGAGUGGAGGAAGGUGUUCUCGCAGAGAUCCUGGAAAAAGUACAUUCUUCUCCCUUCAAAAUUAAUGAACUGAAUGACUGGAUGGAAUCCAAAGAGAUGGAAAUUAAUUUCAUCUGCUCUUGCAUUGCAAAAAUGCCUAACCUGCCGAUUCUCACCAGUCGCAGCACUCUACACAAUGAGAUCCACAGUGGAGAUAGCCCACAUGCUGUGUGCUUUGCUUUUACCUCCCUCGAAACCCCAGAGCCUUACCUUUCAGCUCUGUCCAAAUUCUUGAAUGAAACCAAACCAGACAACGUGCAAUGUGAUUAUGAUGUGGAAAAACCAUGGUUCGACUCAAAUGACGUAAUGGACAAAGUGAAAGAGAAAAUAAAGCUCUUCCAAGAUUUUGCAGAAGCCAACAAGGAGAGCAACAGCAUCAGGUUUCUAACAGCUGUGAUAAGAGAUGAUGAAAAGAAAGGUGCAACUCUCCAACUCUACAAAAAUGGCUCCUUAGUCACCGACAACUUUGAACCACCUAUGAAGCCGAAGAUGAUCCCAGGUGACAUCACUCAUAACAGUGUAACACUGAAUAUUUCCCCAUCUCGAUUUGGACUGACAACUGUCACCGACUACACUGUUGAGUUCUGUGUUGAUGGGGACGAUGUUUGGCAUCAACAAAUGGAGACUAAGGCUGGAGAUGUCACGGUGUCCGGCUUGAAGAUUAACGAGGAGUAUCAGUUCAGGUGUAGAGCCAAGUGCGAAGUUGGCCUCGGUCUGGCCUUUGAAGCUAAAAUUAAAACCUUACCAUGCGGUCCUCCAGAAAAACUACAUGUGGACUGUUAUCCUACGGACUUGGCAGUCAGCUGGGAGGAACCAUCUGACCUUGGACAUGGAGUGGAGAUCAUGCAUUAUAUCUUAGAUUAUGCUGAAACAUCUCAAAAAGUGAAACCUGAAGAGUAUAUAUGGAACAAACAAACUUUCAAAGCCAAUGAGUCACAACAAGUCACAGUCAUUCCAGGGCUGCAUCCUUCGACACAGUACACUGUCCGGGUCAAAUGUGACGUUGGAGUUGCUGGCCUUGGCAAAGAGGAAUCUGUAGUUGUGUUCACAAAAAAGCCAUAUGAGCAGUUAGCAGAAACUGUUAAGAAAGAAGGCAGGAAGAUUGAAGGACAUCCAGGUACUCUGGAUUUUUACACUCUUCCUCUGAAAACCCAGUCCAUCAAUGUAGAGGGAUGCAAGCGCUUCACAUUUGGAGAAAACUCUGUUGAACGGAAUUGCACCAUCAUGUUUCUAGGAGCCACUGGUGCGGGGAAGUCCAGCCUGGUCAACAGGGUGGUCAACUACAUCCUGGGGGUCACAUGGGACGAUACCUUUAGAUUCAAGUUGGUAGACGAAGACACAAACAAGUCUCAGGCUUACAGCCAGACCUCUGACGUCACCGUGUACAAGCUCAACCACCGAGAGGGCUUCAAGAUCGACUACUCCCUGACUAUUGUGGACACGCCGGGUUUCUGCCACACGGGAGGCAAAAAAAAAGAUUUGUUGAUUGUACCUAAGCUACAAAAGCUUUUCUCAGCUAAACAUGGAGUCAGCGAGAUUGAUGCCAUCUGCUUCGUAGCCCAAGCAUCUCUUGCUCGGCUUACAGAAUCACAGAAACAUGUCUUUAACUCUGUGCUCAACAUAUUUGGCAAAGAUGUGGCAGAGAACAUCCGGAUUUUGGUGACAUUCUCAGAUGGCACAAAACCUCCGGUUCUCGAGGCGAUCAAAGAAGCUGAGUUCCCAUGUUCUCAAGAUGAAGACGGUUCACCAAUUCACUUCAAAUUCAAUAACUCUGACGAAAAGUUAUGUGGUCCGUUGGGUGCGUUUAAUAAAUUGUUUUGGAACAUGGGAAAGGAAGGCAUGGAAAAAAUAUUUUCUGGUCUGGAGGCAAUUAAUGCCAAGAGCUUGACCUUAACCAAGGAGGUGCUCAGACAGAGGGCUCAGCUGGAGAACUCCAUUAGGAAUGUCAAGAUUAAACUGAAUUUGGGUUUAACUAAGCUUGGGGAUAUAGAGCAAGGACGUAAAAUUCUCCAAAAACAUCAGAUGGCGAUCACAGCCAACGAGCAAUUUGAGUAUGAGACCAGCAUCACAAAGCCUGUUCGAGUCACAGACACAUUUUUUUCACUUAACUGUAAGACAUGUAAGGUCACCUGCCACAAAUCAUGCGGGGCAUUUUUGGGUGUCCGUUAUUUGUGUGAGGUCUUUACCUGGGGGGCUACCUGCGUCGAAUGCAAAGGCAAGUGCCCUCUAUCGGCGCAUGUCCGUGAUGAUUUCUACUGGGGCUCCGAGACGGUGAAAGUGAAUCAAACCUACAAGGAGGUGAAAGAAAAGUAUGAGGAGGCCUCUAAGGCUGCAAUGUCCGUUGUUGACAUCAUCAAAAAGAUGGAGCAGGAGUACGACUGCCUACAGGACGAGUUGGUGAGGCUGAUGGAGCGCGCAGCCCAGUGUCUCAACACCCUGAAGAAGAUCGCUCUGAAGCCCGAUCCACUCUCAAUACCUGAAUACAUCGACCAGCUGAUAGAGGGAGAGAAGUCAGAGUUCAAGCCUGGCUACAUUGAGCGCAUCAAUAAACUCCAGGAGCUAAAGAAAAAAGCCAUUACCAUGGAGAUUGUUGCUAGCGGGGCCACAGUCUCGGAUAUUGAUGCAGAACAGGUCCAGGGGUUAGGACCUCUGCCAGCGCAAAAGGAACUGGAUCCAUCUUAUGACAUGUUCUUUGCAUAUUAAAGCUUUUGAUUUAUUUUAAUUACAAGGAUGCUGUUGAUGAGAAUUAACAGAGUAAUGAAACUGGUAGAAAUUAAACAUCUUGGUAAACAUGUUUUGUUACAAAAAAAAAAAUAUAUAUAUAUAUAUAUAUAUAUAUUGGGUCUCCAAUUGGCAGAGUGAAAUGUAUAAAUACGCUGUAUGUGAAUUCAUUUUCCUAAUUAAAAAUAGAGUGUUUGUUCAGCUCAGUUGCUGUUCGCCAACUGAGCUGCACUCUCUCACUUUCUCUCUUCUGGGAAACCUUGACCUGACAACCUGUUUUCUCUCUGGCUGAGCUAACAUUGAGUGAGACUUCUGUGAUUCACUCAAUCUAGAUCACUAUGUUGAAAUGAAAAAAUAAGUUUAUUACCCUGAUUGUGUUUUUGUUUUUUUUCUUCUGUGUACUUUAUAUGCUUGGCAGCACUCCCCACUCCAGCUGAGACACUGAGUGUAUUGACUUACUGCUUCUUAUUCCUAAUUUUUCAAAUUAAUUGUGUAAAUUCUUAUCUGUACUUAACACACACAUCAGAACAUUGGAUUAUGGCUGUAAUGUACUUUUAUGAUAACAUAAAUACUUUUAUUUUUAUUUUUACAUUCAUGGUUUGUUGUGUUCUUUAUCAAUAGUUAAUGAAUGUAUAUGUUAUGCCGAUUCAAGAUGCGUCGAGUCGGGUUUACUCUCCACUUCAAAAUAUAACUUCACAUCACACACGAGUUAGGUCAAACGGGGACACCAGGUGAACACCGGAAGUCAGUGACAUAACCCUUUCCCUUAAAGAUACAGUCCCUUGGUGAAUGUCGCUUAAUCGUACUUGUGGGUCACCACACAAUGCAUUCUUGUUAAGUUUGGGUCCCAGGGAGAUCCCAAAUGUCUAUUUUUGAUCUCGAAGUGAAACGGUUUGGAACCCCUGUAUUAGAGGAGAAGAACAAAAGCUCUCAAAACAAUAUUUACUAAAGUAUAAUCAUGUUGACACGUGUGUUUUCUAAAAGAGAAUUAAAGAUGAGUACAAUAAUC